AUGGCAGAGAUCUUAUCGACGUUCGGUGAUAAGUCGAUUACCGAAGGGCAAUUGAAGGAAUGGUUUGAGGAGUUUCGGAAGAAAUAUGCCCAAAUCGCUGGAGCACCCCCAGCACCACAGGCGCAAGCCCAGAAUGAAUUGAUGAGAGCAUUGCUUGAUGCCGAUCCGAACAAAACCAUACCGCAACUUGCUCAAGAGUUCGGAGCAUCUGUUGAUACUAUCCUUUCCCAUCUUCGUAUGAGCGGUAUCCUUAAGAAUGUGAAGAGAACCGCAUUGACCGAAAAGCAAAGAAGAAUGCGUUUGGAAGUUUGCUCGAAUCUGAUACUUCGACAAAGCAGAGAUCCAUCUUUUCUGGACAGGAUAGUCACCUAUGGAGAAGUGUGGAUGAGCAAUGGCUACACUAGCGAUAGGAAGGAAAGUCUGAUGAUAGCCGUUUGGUGGACGACGUAUGGUAUAAUUCAUCAUGUCUUAGUACCAGCAGGUGGUAGAAUGACGGCGCAACUCUACUUUUAUCAAUUGAAUGAAAUGCACAAGAAAUUACUCAGGAUGAAAGGAGAUGUGAUAGAAAAACGUGGAAUGCUUAUGCUGCAUGAUACUCAAUUACCCUACUUAUCUCUCUGUACAAUCCGAGCAUUGCACCAACUUGGAUAUGAAGUUUUACCUUCCCCAGAAAAAUCUUCUGAUCUCCUUCCCACAGAUUAUCAUUUUGUUCCACAAUUCCGACAAUUCAUGGCCGGUAGAGUUUGCAAUAACGAUGCUGAGCUAGCUCAAUGUGUAGAUAUAUUCUUAAACACUAAAAAUGUACAGUUUUUCGUUUCUGGUAUCUAUGAUCUGGUAGCUCGAUGGAAGAAAUGCUUCGCUGCAAGUGGAGAUUACUUUAAGACAUAG